ACUAAAAGCAAAUCUUUCGCUUUCCCAUCUCGCUCCUCUGUUGCAUAAAAGCCCCACCUGGACUUCUCUGCUCGGAUACAUCAAAUCUUGUACUACACCCUCUCUCAUUCUCUCCCUUUACCUUUCAUUUUAUAGCACAUUACACGGAUACCUUCCAGAAAGCAAGAAAUUCAUAUAUUCUCUGCUUUGAUGGAGAUCGCCGGUGAGGUCUUGAGGCGGAGUUUGCCGGAGGAGGUUGGAGUUUCUUAUGGCUCAUCUUCUGAUUCAGAGGAGCUUCAUGUUCUUGCAGUGGAUGAUAGCUACGUGGACCGGAAGGUUAUUGAGCGAUUGCUUAGGAUCUCAUCGUGUAAAGUUACAGCUGUUGAGAGUGGGACUAGAGCUCUGCAGUUUCUUGGAUUGGAUGGAGAGAAGAACUCUGUCGGGUUCAGCGACUUGAAAGUGAAUCUUAUCAUGACGGAUUACUCCAUGCCGGGGAUGACAGGAUAUGAACUGCUCAAAAAGAUCAAGGAAUCAUCAGCUUUCAGAGAGAUACCUGUAGUGAUCAUGUCAUCUGAAAACAUUUUGGCUCGAAUUGAUAGGUGUUUAGAAGAAGGAGCGGAAGAAUUCAUAGUGAAACCAGUAAAACUAUCAGAUGUGAAACGGCUGAAAGAUUUCAUAAUGAAAGGGGAUGGAGAGGAAAAGGGAAAGAGAACUAUUCUGAAGAGAAAGAUGCAAGAUGAUAUCUUUUCAUUAUCUUCUCAGUUUCCUGCUUCUAAUUCAGUGUCAUCGGAACUAGAGUCUUCAACACCAUUGUAUCUCUCUAAAAGACCUAAAUUGCUAAACAGAGGCUAAUUUGUGGUCAUUCAUUUUCAGAGUGACAAUUUUUGUGAAUACUGAUGGAUGGAGAAAAUACUUUUGUUAUUACUACGGCCAUGAAGGAAUCAAACAGAAGAAGCCAAGAAGGAAUACAUUAGACAAAAUAUGCAAACACAUCAUAGAACAUUGUUGUGAUGGAUUUUCUUGUUAGAUUAGGUUUACCAUGCAUUCAAGACUUUAGGUUUAUGGUUACUGUGAAUUGAGUUUCGAUAAGAAUUUCUAUUUUGUGAUGAUGAAUGCGUAUAAAAUUCCAUUGAUUUGAGCGA